AUGAGAAUUUCCAAGCUUCCCACCACUCCCUUCCCACUUCACAGCUUCAUGAUCAUGUUCCUGUUCCUGAACUUCCCGCUGCAAGCAAAUGGUUCAGGAAACAACAAUGAGACGGAUCGACUUGCGUUGCUGGAGUUCAAAAGUAGGAUCAGCAGUGAUCGAGAUGGAGCUCUGAAAUCUUGGAAUGAUUCAGUCCAUUUCUGCAACUGGUUUGGUGUAGCAUGUGAUCCUCUAGCUAGCCAGAGAGUCGUGUCCCUUGAUCUCCAUAGCCUAAAACUGGCGGGUACUCUGUCUCCACACGUUGCCAACCUCACUUCUCUUAGAUUCAUCAACCUCAUGGACAACAGUUUCCACGGUGAGGUUCCACAACGACUUGGAAACUUGCUUCAACUCGAGCACCUCAAUCUCAGCGGCAACUCAUUUGAAGGCGAGAUUCCAACCAACCUGACUCGUUGCUCCCGGCUGAAGUACUUGUUGAUGGAAGCGAAUAACUUUAGGGGGAGCAUCCCAAUGGAGAUUGGCUCGUUAUCGAAGCUCGAGUUCAUCAGAGUUGGAACCAACAAUCUAACAGGAUGGCUCCCGCCUUCCCUGGGGAACCUCUCGUUGCUCCUUAACUUCGGUGCUGCAUAUAAUAAUUUGACAGGAAGCAUUCCAGAAAGCACAGGCAUGCUAUCAAGGUUAACUUCAAUUACUCUUGGAAGCAAUCAGCUCUCUGGUUCAGUCCCUCUAUCCUUCUUCAAUAUCUCAUCCAUCAAAACCAUUGCAAUCCCUUGGAACCACUUGCGUGGUCGAUUGCCAGUGGACAUGGACCUCACCAUGCCCAAUCUCGUAAAUUUCGCCAUUUCCAAAAAUGAAUUCUUCGCAACUAUCCCUGAUUCAAUCUGCAAUGUCUCUCGGCUACAGAUGGUGAAUAUGAACCGAAAUGACUUUGUAGGGAAGGUUCCUACUUGUCUUGGGAAACUCAGAGGCCUUACUUCGCUAGACAUGGCUGAAAAUCGUCUUGGAAGCAAUUCAACAGACGACUUUGCAUUUCUGGAGUCAUUGAGCAAUUGCAGUCAGCUGCGGCGGGUGGGUAUUAGCAUCAACAAUUUUGGUGGCCCGUUACCAGAAUUUCUAGGGAACCUGUCAACCACGCUCACCGCACUAUAUAUUGGGGCCAAUCAAGUCACUGGAGUUAUCCCUGCAGGGUUGGUGAAUCUCUUCAACUUGACGGAUCUGGAGCUUUCUGGUAACUACAUGACAGGCACCAUCCCUCCUUAUUUUGGGCAGUUUUCUAAUCUACAGAGACUAUCAUUGAAUGGAAAUCAACUUUCAGGUCAGAUUCCAUCCUCUAUAGGCAAUCUCAGUCGGUUAUCUGAACUGUAUAUAUCGCAGAACCAACUCCAAGGCAACAUUCCACCCAGUAUUGGGAACUGUCUUCAACUGAGUACCUUGGAUAUUUCAGGAAACAGAAUUAUGGGAGCUGUACCUCCACAAUUAUUGAGCCUAUCUUCAUUGUCCAUAUUGUUGAACCUGUCAAACAACUUGCUCACAGGCAACCUGCCUGUAGAAAUUGGGAAUUUGGAAAAUUUGAAUAAGUUGGAUAUAUCUAAUAAUAAUUUGAAAGGGGAAAUUCCUAGCACCAUUGGCAGUUGCUCAAGUCUGGAAUACCUUUAUAUGCAGGGGAAUUCUUUUGAAGCAGUUAUUCCUUCAGCUUUAUCGUCUCUGAAAGGGCUUCAGGAAUUGGAUCUUUCACGAAACAACUUAGACGGAGAAAUCCCAAAAGAUCUGCUAGAAAUCCGAUUACAGUCUUUGAAUCUUUCUUUCAACAAUCUGAGAGGUGAAGUGCCAUCAAAGGGGAUCAUUCCCAAUGCAAGCUCUGUAUCAUUGGCAGGCAAUCCCAUGCUCUGUGGUGGUGUUCCCGAGUUUCGUUUGCCUAAAUGUCCAAAUAAAACCACAAAGAACAGGAGACCUCCACAGUUGAAGCUAAUAGUCAUCACUGUUAGUACAUCUCUAUCUGCACUUCUAGUGGUAAUGAUAGGACUUCUACUAAAUUGCAAGAUGAGAAGAUCAAACAAGCACAUCCAUCGAGGAGAAGAUCCACCUGUGGACGAGUUUGUGAAGAUCUCCUACACAGACAUCCAUGACGCAACCAAUGGAUACAGCCAUGAAACUUUAAUCGGGUCUGGUGGUAUUGGCACAGUUUACAAAGGAAAACUGGAGCAAAUGAAAGCACCAGUAGCUAUUAAAGUGUUCAACCUGCAAAAAAAGAAAGUGUAUAAGAGAUUAGCGGUGGAAUGCAAGAUAAUGCGAAAUGUCCGGCAUCGAAACCUCGUGAAGAUCCUAUCUUACUGCUCUAGCACAGACAACCAAGGAAAUGCAUUUGGAGCUCUAGUUUAUGAGUUUGUCGACAAUGGAAGCCUCGAUAAGUGGCUGCAUUGCUGUAAUGAUAACAUCAAGACACCACACCAUCUCAGUCUUCUCCAAAGACUCAAUAUAGCAAUAGAUGUGGCAUCUGCAAUGCACUAUCUUCAUGAUCUUAGCGGAACGUCAAUCGUUCAUUGCAGUUUGAAGCCGAGCAACGUGCUCCUAGACCAUGACAUGGUAGCUCAUGUGAGUGAUUUUGGUCUAGCGAGAAUCCUCUCACCAUCUCAAACAAACACAACAAGCACAAUUGGGCUAAAUGGGAUGGUAGGCUAUGCGGCACCAGAAUACGGGACGGGCUCCGCCGCAUCAAAGGAAGGGGACGCGUACAGCUAUGGAAUCCUGCUGCUGGAAACCCUAUCAGGGAAAAGACCAACAGAUGAAGUGUUCAAGGAUGGUGUGAAUAUACGAGACGCUGUCAAGGCCGCAUUGCCAUCCAAACUUCCGAUCUUCAUAGUCAUGUUCCUGCUCCUGAACUCCACACUGCAAGCAAAUGGUUCAGGCAACAAUGAGACGGAUCGACUUGCACUGCUGGCAUUCAAAAGAAAGAUCAGCAGUGAUCCAGAUGGAGCCCUGAAAUCAUGGAAUGAUUCCGACCAUUUCUGCAACUGGUUUGGUGUUGCAUGUGAUCCGCUUAUUAGCCAGCGAGUAAUGUCCCUUGAUCUACAUGGCCAAAAUCUGGUGGGUACGCUGUCUCCACACGUCACAAAUCUCACUUCUCUUAGAUACAUCAACCUCAUGGCCAACAGUUUUCAUGGUGAGAUUCCACAACUAAUUGGAAACUUGCUUCAACUCCAGCACCUCAAUCUCAGCGGCAACUCGUUUGAAGGCGAGAUUCCAACCAACCUGACUCGUUGCUCCCGGCUGAAGUACUUGUUGAUGGAAGGGAAUAACUUUAGGGGGAGCAUCCUGAUGGAGAUUGGUUCAUUAUCAAAGCUUGAGUUUAUCAGAGUUGGAACCAACAAUCUAACAGGAUGGCUCCCGCCUUCCUUGGGGAACCUCUCGUUGCUCCUUAACUUCGGUGCUGCAUAUAAUAACUUGACAGGAAGCAUUCCAGAAAGCAUAGGCAUGCUAUCAAGGUUAACUUCAAUUACUCUUGGAAGCAAUCAGCUAUCUGGUUCAGUCCCUCUAUCAUUCUUUAAUAUCUCAUCCAUCAAAAACAUUGCAAUUCCUUGGAACCACUUGCGUGGUCGAUUGCCAGUGGACAUGGACCUCACCAUGCCCAAUCUCGUAAAUUUCGCAAUUUCCAAAAAUGAAUUCUUCGCAACUAUCCCUGAUUCAAUCUGUAAUGUCUCUCGGCUACAGAAGGUGAACAUGAACCGAAAUGACUUUGUAGGGAAGGUUCCUACUUGUCUUGGGAAACUUAGAGGUCUUACUUCGCUAGACAUUGCUGAAAAUAGUCUUGGAAGCAAUUCAACGGGUGACUUUGCAUUUCUGGAGUCAUUGAGCAAUUGCAGUCAGCUGCGGCGGGUGGGUAUUAGCAGCAACAAGUUUGGUGGCCCGUUACCAGGAUUUCUGGGGAACCUGUCAACCACGCUCACCGGUCUGUAUGUUGGGGCCAAUCAAGUAACUGGAGUUAUCCCUGCAGAGUUGGUGAAUCUCUUCAACUUGACGGAUCUGGAGCUUUCCAGUAACUACAUGACAGGCACCAUCCCUCCUUAUAUUGGUCAGUUUUCUAAUCUGCACAGACUAUCAUUAAGUGGAAAUCAACUUUCAGGUCAGAUUCCAUCCUCUAUAGGCAAUCUCAGUCGGUUGUCUGAACUGUAUAUAUCACAGAACAAACUCCAAGGCAACAUUCCACCCAGUAUUGGGAACUGUCUUCGAUUGAAUACCUUGGAUAUUUCAGAAAACAGAAUCAUGGGAGCUAUACCUCCAGAGUUAAUGAGCCUAUCUUCAUUGUCCAUAUUGUUGAACAUGUCAAACAACUUGCUAACAAGCAACGUGCCUGUAGAAAUUGGAAAAUUGGAAAAUGUGAAUAAGUUGGAUAUCUCUAACAAUCAUUUGAGAGGGAACAUUCCUAGCACCAUUGCGAGUUGCUCAAGUCUAGAAUACCUUUAUAUGCAGGGGAAUUCGUUCGACUCGGUUAUUCCUCCAGCUUUAUCUUUUCUGAAAGCGCUUCAGGAAUUGGAUCUUUCACGGAACAACUUAGAGGGAGAAAUCCCAGAAGAUCUAUUGCAAAUCCGCCUACAGUCUUUGAAUCUUUCUUUCAACAAUCUGAGAGGUGAAGUGCCAUCAAUGGGGAUCAUUCCCAAUGCAAGCUCUGUAUCAUUGGCGGGCAAUCCCAUGCUUUGUGGUGGUGCUCCAGAGUUCAAUUUGCCUAAAUGCCCUAAUAAGACCACCAAGAAUAGAAGGCUGCAAAAGUUGAAGCUAAUAGUCACCAUUGCUAGUACAUCUCUAUCUGCACUUUUGGCGGUAACAGUAGGCCUUGUACUAAAUUGCAAGAUGAGAAGAUCAAACAAGCAUAUCCAUCAAGGAGAAGAUCCAUUGGUGGACGACUUUGUGAAGAUUUCAUACACAGACAUCCAUAAUGCAACCAAUGGAUACAGCCAUGAAACUUUGAUCGGGUCUGGUGGUAUUGGCACGGUAUACAAAGGUAAACUGGAGCAAAUGAAAGCGCCGAUAGCUAUUAAAGUAAUCAACCUGCAGCAAAAGGAAGCAUAUAAGAGAUUAGUGGUGGAAUGCAAGAUAAUGCGAUAUGUCCGGCAUCGAAACCUCGUGAAGAUCCUAUCGUACUGUUCUAGCACAGACGAUCAAGGAAACGCAUUUGGAGCUCUAGUUUAUGAGUUUGUGGACAAUGGGAGCCUCGAUAAGUGGCUGCAUUGCAGUAAUGAUAACAUCAAGACACCACACCAUCUCAGUCUUCUCCAAAGACUCAAUAUAGCAAUAGAUGUGGCAUCUGCAAUGCACUAUCUUCAUGAUCUUAGCGGAACGUCAAUCGUUCAUUGCAGUUUGAAGCCGAGCAACGUGCUCCUAGACCAUGACAUGGUAGCUCAUGUGAGUGAUUUUGCUCUAGCGAGAAUCCUCUCACCAUCUCAAACAAACACAACAAGCACAAUUGGGCUAAACGGGAUGGUAGGCUAUGCGGCACCAGAAUACGGGACGGCCUCAGCCGCAUCGAAGGCAGGGGAUGUGUACAGCUAUGGAAUCCUGCUGCUGGAAAUCCUAUCAGGGAAAAGACCAACAGACGAAAUGUUCAAGGAGGGUAUGAAUAUACGCGACUCUGUCAAGGCCGCUUGGCCAUCCAACCUUAUAAUGUUGAUAGAUCCAUCAAUGCUGAUACCUGGAAACACUGAGGGAAUUGACAAGAAGGUGGAAGAGUGUUUGAUUUCCUUGCUUGAACUGGGAGUGAAGUGCUCAGCUGAAUCGCCGAGCGAAAGGAUGAAAAUGGCGGAAGUUACCAGGAAGCUCCACACUAUCAGAGGCAACAACAAUGAGACAGACCGACUUGCUCUGCUGGAGUUCAAAAAUAGGAUCAGCAGUGAUCCAGAUGGAGCUCUGAAAUCUUGGAACGAUUCCGACCAUUUCUGCAAUUGGUUUGGUGUUGCGUGUGAUCUGCUUCCUAGCCAGCGAGUCACGUCGCUUGAUCUCCAUGGCCAAAAUCUGGUGGGUACUCUGUCUCCGCACGUCGCCAACCUUACUUCUCUUAGAUACAUCAACCUCACGGAGAACAGUUUUCGUGGUGAGAUUCCACAAACACUUGGAAACUUGCUUCAACUCCAGUGCCUCGACCUCAGAUUCAACUCAUUUGAAGGCGAGAUUCCAACCAACCUGACUCGUUGCAGCCAGCUGAAGUACUUGUUGUUGGAAGCGAAUAACUUAUGGGGGAGCAUCCCGGCAGAGAUUGGUUCGUUAUCAAAGCUUGAGUUCCUCAGAGUUGGAAACAACAACCUAACAGGAUGGCUCCCGCCUUCCUUGGGGAACCUCUCGUUGCUCGUCAACUUUGGUGCUACAUAUAACAACUUGACCGGAACCAUUCCAGAAAGCUUCGGCCUGCUAUCAAGGUUAGCUUCAAUUAAUCUUGGAUGCAAUCAGCUCUUUGGUUCAGUCCCCCUGUCCUUGUUUAAUAUUUCAUCAAUCAAAAGCUUUGCAAUUGCGUGGAACCAUUUGCGUGGUCGCUUGCCGGAGAGCAUGGACCACACCAUGCCCAACCUGCAACAAUUCGCUAUUUCCAGAAAUGAAUUCUUCGCAACCAUCCCUGACUCAAUCUGCAAUGUCUCUCGGCUAAAACUGGUGAAUAUGAACCGAAACGACUUUGUAGGGAAGGUUCCUACUUGUCUCGGGAAGCUUACUGGUCUUACUACGCUAGACAUGGCUAAAAAUAAUCUUGGAAGCAAUUCAACGGGUGACUUUGCAUUUCUAGAGUCAUUGAGCAAUUGCAGUCAACUGAAGCGAGUGGGUAUUAGCAGUAAUAAUUUUGGCGGCCCAUUACCAGAAUUUCUGGGGAAUCUGUCAACCAUGCUCACCGCACUGUAUAUUGGGGACAAUCAAGUCACUGGAGUUAUCCCUGCAGGGUUGGUGAAUCUCUUCAACCUGGCGGAUCUGGAGCUUUCCUAUAACUACUUGACAAGCAUCAUCCCUAAUAUUGGCCAGAUUUCUAAUCUGCAGAGACUGUCAUUGAAUGGUAAUCAAUUCUUAGGUCAGAUUCCAUCCUCUAUAGGCAAUCUCAGUCGGUUGUCUGAACUGCAUAUAUCACAGAACAAACUGCAAGGCAACAUUCCACCAAGUAUUGGGAAUUGUCUUCAAUUGAGCACCUUGGAUAUUUCAGAAAAUAGAAUCAUGGGAGCUAUACCUGGAGAGUUAAUGAGCCUUUCUUCAUUGUCCAUAUUGUUGAACCUGUCAAACAACUUGCUCACAGGCAACCUGCCUGCAGAAAUUGGGAAGUUGAAAAAUGUGAAUAAGUUAGAUAUCUCUAAUAAUCAGUUGAAAGGGGAAAUUCCUAGCACCAUCGGCAGUUGCUCAAGUCUGGAAUACCUUUAUAUGCAGGGGAAUUCUUUCGACGCGGUUAUUCCUCCAGCUUUGUCGUCUCUGAAAGGGCUUCAGGAAUUGGAUCUUUCACGAAACAACUUAGAGGGAGAAAUCCCAGAAGGUCUCCUACAAAUCCGCCUACAGUCUUUGAAUCUUUCUUUCAACAAUCUGAGAGGUGAAGUGCCAUCUAAGGGGGCUAUUGCCCAUGCAUGCAUUGUGUCAUUGUCGGGCAAUCCCAUGCUUUGUGGUGGUACUCCAGAGUUCCAUUUGCCUAAAUGCCCAAAUAAAACCACCAAGAAUAGAAGGCCUCCAAAGUUGAAGUUAACAGUCAUCACUGUUAGUACAUCUCUAUCUGCACUUGUACUGGUAAUGAUAGGCCUUCUACUAAGUGGCAAGACGAGAAGAUCUAACAAGCAUAUCCAUCGAGGAGAAGAUCUACUGGUGGACGACUUUGUGAAGCUUUCCUACACAGCCAUUCAUGAGGCAACCAAUGGAUACAGUCUUGAAACUUUAAUCGGGUCUGGUGGUAUCAGCACAGUCUACAAAGGAAAACUGGAGCAAAUGAGAGCACCAGUAGCCAUCAAAGUAUUCAACCUGCAACAAAAGAAAGCAUAUAAGAGAUUAGUGGUGGAAUGCAAGAUAAUGCGAAAUAUCCGGCAUCGAAAUCUCGUGAAGAUUCUAUCUUACUGCUCUAGCACAGACAACCGAGGCAACGCAUUUGGAGCUCUAGUUUAUGAAUUUGUGGACAAUGGGAGCCUCGACAAAUGGCUGCAUUGCAGUAAUGAUGGCACCAAGACGACAUAUCACCAUCUCAGUCUUCUCCAAAGACUCAACAUUGCUAGAGAUGUGGCAGCCGCAUUGUACUAUCUUCACGAUCUUAGCGGAAUGUCAAUCGUUCAUUGCAGUUUAAAGCCAAGCAACGUGCUCCUAGACCAUGACAUGGUAGCUCAUGUGAGUGAUUUGGGUCUAGGGAGAAUCCUCUCAUCACCAUGUCAAACAAACACAGCAAGCACAAUUGGACUAAGCGGGAUGGUAGGCUAUGCGGCACCAGAAUAUGGGACGGGCUCCACGGCAUCGAAGGAAGGGGACGUGUACAGCUACGGAAUCCUUCUGCUGGAAAUCCUAUCUGGGAAAAGACCAACGGACGAAAUGUUCAAGGAUGGUGUGAAUAUACGCGACUCUUGCAAGGCCGCAUUGCCAUCCAAACUUUCAAUGCUAAUAGAUUCAUCAAUGCUGGUAUCUGGAAAAACUUACGGAAUUGACAAGAAGGUGGAAGAGUGUUUGAUUUCCUUGCUUGAACUGGGAGUGAAGUGCUCAGCUGAUGCGCCGAAAGAACGGAUGAAAAUGGCGGAAGUUACCAGAAAGCUCCACACUAUCAGAAGUACCUUUCUAGCAACCUCUGUCUGA